UCUCACCACAGGUCGCUCUCACGCCUCUCUCUCUUCUUCUCUAACUAAAAAACACACUCAUCACUCCCGCUUUCUCUCUCUCACUACCGCCGAAAUUCCAACAGAAACAAAACUCCUCACGCAAAAAUGGCCGCCGCCGCCCCAUCACGCCAUCCCUAUUUCAUACUAUCUCACUCCUAGUACUCCGCCCUACACCAAAUCCACGUUUUCGAUUUCGUGAAUUUAUACACGUACACACUACAUUUCAUAUUACUGAUUUAAUUAGGGCACGGAAGAUGGAAAGGAAGCAGGGGCAUGGAUUCCUCUCGGCGUUAGAGGACGUGGUGCGCGGCCUAUCUCCGGCGAGGUCGCGGGGGAAGAGUCCAGGACGGAGCAGGUCGCCGAUGUCGGGACUUCUCCGGCGGAAAGUCGUCUCGAGCAACUCCGACUCAUCGAUUGCGAGAUCGGGCAGUUUGAGGCCUAUGGGGGAGACGCUCACGCCGCUGAUGGAGGGUCCGGAUCCGGACGGAGAGGAAAUCGGCGACUCCAAGCGCCUCGGCUCCGCCCUCAGCCAGUGGGUACGCGGCCAGCUCAGUCGAAACCCCUCCGUAGCCGUGAAUGCCAGCGGCGGCGGCGGCGGAAGCGCCAGGAUGUCUGAUUUGCGGCUGCUGCUCGGAGUAAUGGGAGCGCCGCUCGCUCCGGUGCACGUAUGCGCCACCGAUCCCUUGCCACAUCUCAGCAUAAAGGAUACCCCCAUUGAAACGUCAUCGGCGCAGUACAUAGUGCAGCAGUACACCGCUGCUUCAGGCGGGCAGAAUGUGGUGAGGAACGCCUACGCGAUGGGGAAGGUGAGGAUGGUGGCUUCCGAGUUCGAAACAGCAUCAAAAGUAGUGAAGAGUAGGAAUGCGAGUAGAGCUGCUGAAUCGGGCGGAUUCGUGCUGUGGCAGAUGAAUCCGGAUAUGUGGUAUGUGGAGCUUUCCGUUGGAGGGAGCAAGGUCCACGCUGGCUGCAACGGCAAGCUAGUCUGGAGGCACACGCCGUGGCUGGGCGCUCACACGGCAAAGGGGCCGGUCCGGCCACUUCGCCGUGCCCUGCAGGGGCUUGAUCCGAGAACGACUGCUAGUAUGUUUGCUGAUUCGAUCUGCAUUGGGGAGAAGAGCAUCAAGGGGGAAGACUGCUUCAUUCUGAAGGUUGCUGCUGAUCCCGGGACGCUAAAGGCGAGGAGCGAGGGGCCGGCUGAGAUCAUAAGGCAUGUCCUGUUCGGCUACUUCAGCCAGAAGACAGGGCUGCUGAUUCACAUGGAGGAUUCGCAUCUCACCCGCAUCCAAUCCAACGGUGGGGAUGCCGUCUACUGGGAGACCACCAUCAACUCGUUCCUAGACGACUAUCGCCCCGUUGAAGGGAUCAUGAUAGCUCACUCGGGGCGAUCUGUGGUGACCCUUUUCCGGUUUGGGGAGAUGGCAAUGAGCCACUCCAAAACCAGGAUGGAGGAAGCCUGGACGAUUGAGGAGGUCGCCUUCAAUGUUCCAGGUCUGUCGAUGGACUGCUUCAUUCCACCGGCUGACUUGGGGUCGGCCUCCAUCAGCGAGCUCCCGGUAGAGGAGAGGGGAAAGCCGAGUAAUCGGGUGAAAGUUGGUGCGUGGAAGGUGGAGAUAUGAGGGAGUAGUGUUGAUAUUUGGGUAGAGUGCAGUUUCUAAUUUUUACUAACACAGCAAGAAAUAACAAACUAGGGCUGUAGUAGUAAAUGGGUUUUUUCCUCCAUUAAAUCUGUGUUUAUAGCAGAGCUCAUUUGUAAGGGCAAAUGGAGGCUAAUCUAAUAUUUUCUUAGAUGGUGAAAAGCUUUAAUAUUAGUAUCGGCAAAGCCAUUGUGAAUUUUCUUGUUUUUGUGCCUAAUAUAAACGGCACUUAGCAGUUGGAAAAGGGUAAUACUGCUUCAAGAUUUGUGUGUUGCUUAGUUGAAGGAAUUUCCUCUGUAAACAUGAGAUCUUGUUAUGUAAUACAGCAAGGGAAAACCAGUCUUUGUUUUAA